AUGGGUCCGAAUGAUCUGGAUGCCAGGAUUAUCACAUUCCAUCCCUUCUACUUCUCCUUGGGCUUCACAUUCUUAUUAUCGAAGUUCUUCAAGAAGGUGUUUUGUGUUAUGGAGUGUGCCCCAAGCCAAUAUACUCCAAAUGUCUACCGAGCAAUCAUCUAUUUUGAUAAUCUAAACCGCUUUUUUAAGCUGGAUCUGAUGGUGCGGUUGUUCUUUUGCUUCUUCGAGGUGGGGCGUACUUUGUGGCAUGCCUAUGUGUUGGAGGUGAGCGGAAGGUGGGAAUGUGAGGUUGGCGAUGAGGUGAGGAUGGUUGUAGCUAAAAAGGGUAGAGAGUCGUCUGCUGGGGCGAAGGGUUCUUCGGAUAUGAGAACAGCUGGUCCAAAGGUUGACAAGCCCAGCUCCACAGAGGAUACAUGUGUGUAUGAUUUGCUCAAUUAG